AUGUGGGUGUUGGAAAGGUUGGCGGCGGAUUUGCAUCCGACGAAUCUUCGACCUCUUUUUUAUCUCGUCACACCAAAUGAAACGAUGCACUAUAAAAGUAUCGAAGAAGUGCCGAAUUUACUCGAAAAUUCAAACCUGUGGAUGCUUUUACUUGUCCUCAUCGAGUUUUACUUUUUGGAUGACCGAAAAUAUGCCUUCAACGACACGAUCACAUCAAUCAAUGCUGGCAUUCUUUCACUUCUGAUGAAAUUCGGCGGUCGCUACAUGUCAGCAGCUCUCUAUCCAUGGUUUUUCUCUCAUUUCCGUAUCAUCGACCUCGAUCCGCACUCUUCAACAACCUGGAUGAUCUGCUUUUUCACUCAAGAUCUCUGCUAUUAUUUGGCGCACAGAGCUAUUCACGAAUUCGGUGUUUUCUGGUCAUUCCACCAGAUGCAUCACUCGUCCGAGUACUACAAUUUGUCGACAGCAUUGCGACAGGGAAUGUGGCAGGAUUUCGGCACAUUCGGCUUCGAUCUCCUCCAAUCUUUCUUCAUUCCACCAAACAUUUUCAUCGUCCAUCGUUACAUGAAUGUCGCCUAUCAGUUUUGGUUGCACACGGAGCUGGUUCCUUAUUUGGGUCCGUUUGAAUGGUUCUUCAACACUCCAUCCAGUCACCGAGUUCAUCAUGGUCGAAACCCGUACUGUAUCGAUAGAAACUAUGGUGGAACGUUGAUCAUUUGGGAUCGUCUUUUCGGUACUUAUGAGGCAGAGAGAUCGGAUGAGAAAAUCGCGUAUGGUUUGGUGACAAAUGUUGAGACUUUUGACCAACUUUGGUGUCAGACUUUCGAGUUCAAAGCUCUUGGCUAUGACAAAGGACAGAUGAAAGACGAGAAGGGAAAAGAGAUUUUCCCCGGUUUCUGGGAAAAGCUAAAAUGUGUCUUCAUGCCGCCAGGAUAUUUCCCGGGUGUUCGCACGAGGUGGUUCUUCUUCUGGAAAUGCGUCGAGGAUAAUACAGAGGGGAUUCCCGAGAUCAACGAAGUACCAGUUCCCUACAAUCAGCCCCUCUCCACCCCACUCAAGCUCUAUCUAACCGUUCAAUUCACCGUUACCGUAGUCUUGGCUAUCUAUUUCAAUGAAGUCCGAGUUUCGCUCAAUUGGCCUUCAUUCUUUGCCUAUUUCUCCUAUCUUCUUGCAUCGAUUCAAGCAUUCGGUUACUAUUUUGAUCACAGACCAUUCUGUGUGCUGUUCGAUUGCGCGCGCUUGCUGGCGCUCAUCUAUUUCGGUUUCAUGGCGCAGUCGGGAAUGGCUUUCAUUUUCGGUGGUCUCUCGGCGGCUACGGUGAUCGCGUUGGGCUUUGCUGGACAAAUGCCUGUAACCAUGGUCACCAAGAAACUGGAU